GGUAUUUCUUGAUUAGAAUAUACGGUCACUUUGUAUACCCAACUGAAAACAAAAAACGCAUCUUGAAUUAAAAAGAAUAACAAACAGGAUAACAGAACAAUGCAGGACAUUUUCCCAUCCUUAGAUGGCUUUGGCCUACCAGGAAACUACUCCAUUGCGUUGACUACUCUUUUGCUGUGCGUCUUGGCGGCCCUUUAUUUUGCCAACUUUUUCAAGGACAAAACCGACUUGGAGGACGAGGGAUUGGGAACCGAUGAGCCCAGAGAGGAGGAUAGUCAAGAGCUGACAUCUCCCUUGGAUGAGGAAACCGAGGAUGACGAAGCCUUCGGGGAGGAUACCAGCGACAGUGAUUUGGAAUUUAUUGAUGAGCAAGAUGAGCAGCUCCCACAGAAAUCCGGACAAAACUACGGCAACAUAAUGGGCCAGCUUAAGGCCAAACAGUUCCAGGAGAAGAUUGUGAACACCCUAACACCUGUUCAAAUCGAGGAGGAGCGUCGGAUUGAGAGAGAGCAGCUGGCUGCUAUCUUUGAGCUGCUCCGCAAACAGGAGGCGGAGCUAAAUCUCCAGGACCGUAUCAGUGACAAGGAUCUCAAGGAGCAGGUCCGACUCUACCGCUAAAAUGGAGAGAGAAUCGAACGUUAGGCUUACCUGAAAGUGAAAUUUUGUGUGAUCUAUAAGUUAAACGUCCUUGUUACACUGUGUUUUUAGUAUUCUAGGAUCCAAAGGAAGAACUAUGUAUUUGAAAUUCCUUAAUGUAUUGUCUCACAUUUAAAUGCGAAUAAGUUAAGCUAAUAGGUAUAUAUUAGA